AAUGAAUGAAAUUAAAUUUGUUGCUGUAAAAUUGCAUUACUAUUGUUAAUUAAUUGUAAUAAUUGAGACACUAUUUUUGUUACAAAUAUCUGAGAAAUGUGUGGCGGCCAUGGAUUCCACGUCAGCUUCAUCUUCUUCAUCAUCAUCUUCAUCUUCUUCUUCUUUCUUCCGCCACCGGCGAUGAUGGCCUGCUGCGCCUCUAUUUGCUCCUCCCUCCCAAAUCCACCUCUUCCUCUCAACCGCCGUUCCCUAAUUUUCCUCUCCACGGCGGCGCUGCCAUUAACUCCCUCCUCCUCCUCCUCCACCACCGCCGCCGCUCUGCCGGCGGUGGACACCACCGUCACCGACAGAGUAUUCCUCGACUUCAGCGUCUGCCCCUCCUACUUCGUGAACCGUACCCUCGGCCAGAGCGACCUCUCCCUCUGCCCGGACUCGGAGCUCCUCGGACGCGUCGUCCUCGGCCUCUACGGCAACCUCCUCCCCAUCACCGUCUCCAACUUCAAAUCCAUGUGCAACGGCUCCUGCGGCUCCACCUACAAGGGCACUCUCGUCCAGAAAAUAUUCCCCGGCCAGUUCUUCACCGCCGGCCGCCAGGGCCGCCGCGACAAAGGCGAGGUGAAGCCGCCGGCGCCGGCUCAGCUGACUCGGAACACCGAAACCGUCGACUCGAAAGCCUUCCUCCUGGAGCACUCCAGACCGGGUUUGCUUUCCCUCUGCUUGUCGGAAAACGACGACGACGACGACAUUAAACUCAGCCCCGAUUACCACAACGUCGAAUUCCUCGUCACCACCGGCCCCGGCCCCUGCCCGCAGCUCGACAGCCGAAACAUUGUGUUCGGAUCUGUGCUCCAAGGCCUGGAUGUAGUGACGGCCAUAGCUUCGAUUCCGACAUACAGGCCGGCGCAGCGGAUCCGGGACUACAACAAUCUUGCGCAGCUCCUCGGAGACGAAAGGGCGAAAACCGCCAGAGCCAUAUGGAAUCGACCUCUCAAGACUCUCUAUAUAAGUGACUGUGGAGAAGUUGAACUUCCAAAGUCUUCACUUUCCCCAACUCUGCCAUGAAAUCAUAACCACCUGUAACUCUCUUCUAAAUUUCUAAUUCUAUUCAUUAUACUAGUAUAUGAUUAUGAUCCACACAAAUUAAUUUUAAUCCCUUCUGUUGUAUUUAAUUUGUCUAGUAAUGGCCCAAUAAUAUAUAUAUGAUCUAUUUCAUUGCAGAA